AUGGAGGCAGUUAUGCCUUGGACUACAUGGGUUAUGCCCAUGGGAUAUGAAGUGGAUAAAGAUCUUCUGAUUGCAUAUGUUGAUCAUUUGCUUGCCCAACUGGUAGAUACAACUAUAGAACGGUUUGGCACUUACAAGGGGAAAUCCCUUCAAGUGCACUCUGAACUUCAAAGACCGGUAAUUGCAAAGAAAGAUGGAACAUCAAAUGCACUAACCGGUACUCCCACCUAUCUAAAUACAAGAGCUGGAAAGGAGAAGGUUGCAGAGAAAGAAAAACCAACAGCUGUUCAAAAGGAGAAAUCAGUAGAAACUAAGAAGGAGAAACCUUCAAAGAUUCAGUUUUGGAGAAAAGCUACUGAGGAAGAGCUAGAUGAAAUUCUUGCUAAUGCAAAGUCAUAUUUUAGGUCAAAGAAAAGGUUGACAAGAAUGUUAAUUGGCGAGACCCAAUCAGUCCAUGAGGAGACUAAACAAAUUUUCAAAAAGGUACUAGCUCUGAUUCUAGAUGAAGAGGAAGAAGUUAAGGAAGAUGAAUCAAAGAAGUUUGAGGCUAAAGAUCUUCUAAAAGGUGUUAAAAUAACUGAUUUUGAGCCCGAUGAAAUUGUGCUGGAUAAUAAACCAAUGAACACACAAACUGAACCUGAGAGUAUCCCCGAUGAUGAUGAUACCGGUAAUAAUGAUGAUGCUGGUGCUCUUGACAAUGUAAAUGUACAUGAUAUUGAUGUUGAAAUGUCUGAGCAACAUGAACAAAAACAGGGACAGGAAGAAAAGAAAGAUGAGGAGCCAUCGGUAGUUACUCAAACUCUUGAUACACGGCCCCCACUGAUUGCAACUGCCAUGCAAUCUCGGGCCAAGAAGAAUAGGAUGAAAGAACAACAAAAGGAGGCAGAGACAAUAAGGAAUGUUGUUGAGAUUUUGUCAAGUCACCUACUGGAGACUGAUACUGAUAGUUUUGUUAAUCCUAUUGACCAGCUUGGACACCUUAUUUCUGAUGCCAGAGAACAAAUGAAAUAUUUUGAGGAUGCAGCUUAUGUUAGUGUUGAGAAGGAUUGCAAGAAGAAAAGAACUGAGCAAUUGAUGACUAAAAUUGAUAAAGGGAAAGUUGCUCUUACUAUCAAUAAGGACUGUUUGAAAAAAGGACUUGAAACCAAAGGUAAAAUAGUUGCAAUUGUUUCCAAAUUUUAA